UUAAAUAAAAGUUUGUACAAUCGCAUAUAGAAUCGGUUAAAUUUCGAUUGAUUUCGAAUGACCAUCGAUAGAAACAUAUAUACGAUGAAGAAGCAAUUUGUUCCGGUCACUUUGAUAGACAAAGAAUGGCGAAAAAACGGGGAUACUGUAUAGCAACUUUCGUGGCAAGAGCGAUAUUCAUUCCUUGCGAACUCGCAGUCUGCAUUCGUUCAGCACGAUCGCGGUGUGCUUUCAGACGCGCUCACUUUCUUCGAGUUCCUCCGCAGGAUCUCUCCUCAAACGAUUACGAGUAUUAUCUCUGCCUCUUUUCUCUCAUCAAAAUUUAAUCGUUUCUUUAAUGCCUCUGCUUCAGAUCGCAAAAAAUUAAUAAAAUUGUCGAAGAUGUUUUUCGAGUGCGUAUUACAAUGAAAACAAAAGUAACGAUAACAACGGCGAAAACAAGACAACAAUAACGAUAUGUAACGACGAAUCUGUAUUUAUUUCUAAUCGAUUGAAAGAAUCGUUAAACAAUUUCACGUGCAACGGACAUGAAUUAUUUGCGCUGUGGAUUCGUAGCGAUUCUUCUUUUCCUUUUCGCGAUGGUCGAUUGCACCAUGAUGAAAAUCAUUCGAGACGAUCAUUUAAAGUGCGGAUGUCCAGCAGCAUCUCAUAGGCAACCACGAUCCACAACUUCUGAGAAGAAUAAAGUAACAUCCACGACGUCGAUGACGUCCAAUCGACAAAUGGCUGUUUCUACAACUAUCUCUACGACGGGACGAAUCUUUAAUGGAAAACCCAGUAGAAGAGGAUCUUGGCCAUGGCAAGUCUCUCUGCAGCUACUACAUCCAAAAUUAGGUUUUAUCGGUCAUUGGUGCGGUGGAGUUCUCAUCGAUCCAAAAUGGGUCAUUACGGCAGCACACUGUAUCCACAACGAUCUCUUUAAUCUUCCAAUCGGUGCCUUAUGGACGGUUGUGGUCGGAGAAAGAGAAUUAGAUUCCGGUAGUCGUGGAUCAGCCAGAUUACCCGUCGAACAAGUGAUACUUCAUGAGAGAUUUAAUAAUUAUGUUCACGAUAUCGCUUUAAUGAAACUUGCUAGACCAGCGCCUCUUUCCAAAGUAGUGAAGACGAUAUGUCUUCCAGACGCGGAGGAAAAACUCGCGGACAGCAAUUGCGUAGCAUCCGGUUGGGGUCGUUAUGGACCUUCACCAUCUCUCUCGACUGCACUCCUCGAGGCUUCGGUACCAUUGUUAAAUCUCGAAGAGUGCUUACACGCUUACGGAAAAUCCGUUCCUAUUGUUAAUGGCCACUUGUGUGCUGGACACAUUGAUGGCUCUUCGGGAAGUUGUGUUGGAGAUUCUGGAGGCCCCCUACAAUGCCGUCGUUCAGACGGUGUUUGGCAAUUGGCCGGUGUUACUUCUUUUGGUUCUGGAUGUGCUAGACCAGGAUAUCCCGACGUUUACACCAGGAUACAACACUAUUUGAAUUGGAUAAGAAACAUUAUCGACAAUGAUAGCGACAUAUAGAUUAUUAUUCAUCGUGAUUGGAUUAUAUGAAAUUUAUCCCGCGCAAGCCAAAAGUGGAUCACGUGACCCUUACUGAUACGUCAUCGUAGUCGCGAAAGACAGAAAGGGACGCCAAGGGUAGAUUGGGAGCGGCGUGAAGAGGGAGGGUACGAACCAGCGACGACGCACGAAUACACUCCACCUCUCGCGUCCAUGGCGAGCGGUACAGUCGGGAGUGAGAGUGUACGUUCUCAAUCAGUAGGACACUUUCAUCGAGCGGAGGAAAGUGAGGGAGACCGUCAUUUCUUCGAGAAAACUUAGGUGGGAAAGAAAAAAAAGUGGUUAGAGACGAUUAGAUGGGGAAAGAGAAGUGAAAGACGAGAAUCGCGAGAAGAGAGUGUUCGGUAGAAAGAAGAAGAGAGGGAGAGAGAGAGCAUGGAGAAAGGGAGAGACAGUGUUGCAGUAACGUCGACUCAUCGUAAAAACAUGUUUCAAUUCCAAAAGAGAUCGUAGCUUGACUCUAUUACUUUCUCUUUCUUCCUUCCCCUUCUCUCCUUUUUUUUCUUUAUUUUCGUCGUCUUUCGAAUACCUAUAGGAUUCGAAUCGAGAUAUAUACGCGAGAAAGUAAAGAAGAAACGAGAAAUGCGAAGGAUAGAGACGCGACAUUGACCGCAGAAACAGGCAAGAAAAGGACGCGAAGGAAUAGAAUCGGUUUCUCAUCGUGGAAGGGAAGAAAAUGAUGACGACUGCACGUGCAGACGCGCUCAAUACGAAAAUGGAAAAAAGAAGGAACGAGAGGGAGACUCGAUGAAACAUUUCCUGAAACGGUAGACGGAAGAACGUCGCCGGGGGAAGCCUUUUAUUCCAAAGGGAGUCCCUCGGAAGGGAGAAAACGGACGCGCCGACUACUGCGACACGAAGUAAGA